CAGCAGUCGUCAAAAUCGAAUUGAUUCUUUUUGGUUUUCUUCCCUGUGAAUUAGGAAAGAUAAUUAAAUACAAUGGCGAAGUCAAAGAACCACACAAAUCAUAACCAAAACCGCAAAGCCCACAGAAAUGGCAUCAAGAAACCCAAGAAGUUCAGACACGAAUCUACCCUUGGUAUGGACCCCAAAUUCUUGAGGAACCAGCGUUUCAGUAAGAAGGGCAACUUGAAGCCAGCCAAACAACUAGCCAGGGCAGCAGAGAGGAAAGCUACGCGAGAAGCUAAGGCUAAGAAAUGAUCAUCUAGUUCUAAGACAAUAAAAACACAAAAACUCUAAAAUAA